AUGCAAUAAUAAAUGAUCCAUCAAUAGAAUAUUGUCGAUCUUACAAAUUAAGGUAUUCAAAAAAGUUUUAAUCCUUAGGAUUAUAUGUUUAAUUAGAAGAAUAUAUACGAACAAAUCAAAUAGUAUAAUAAAGUUACUCUUAAGCCUUUUUAGAAUGUAUACAAAAUACAAGAGAUAGUGAGGAUCAUUUUUAAUGUAUCCAAUAAAUUUUAAAGUAUAUAUGUUUUAACUUUAAGACAAUCAAUUGAUUUUAAUUAUAAGGACAAUUAAGGUAAUACAGCUAUUGUUUAUGCAGCCAGAACAGCUAAGAUAAGUAUUUUAAAUGAAAUAAUCAAAUAUAAAGAGAAAAUAGAAACCAAAUAAAUUAUGAUUGCACUUGAUAUUGCAAUCUAAUCUGAAUAAGAUAAUUGGGAUAUAGUUGAAACUCUCUUAUAAAUUACAUCUCUUGAUAAACCAUAACAUUUAAUUAAAUCAUUAAAAAAAGGCAAUUAUAAGACAGCUUCAAAAAUAAUAGAAAAAUAUGGAGUUUCUGGUUCAGAUGAAAAUGGUGACACAGUUUUACAUGUGGCUUCUCGUAAAGGAGAAUUAAAUAUAAUUAAAUAAAUCUGUCAAAAGGAAUUUCUAUUUCAAAAGAAAAAUAAAUAAAAUUAAAUUCCUCUUGAUGUUGCUGGUAAUUAAAAGAUUAAAGAUUUAUUAAUUUUUGAAUAGAGUCAAUUUACAAAAUCUCCAAAUAGAAAAAAGCAAUAAGAAGAAUAAUAAGAUGUUAUUUAGAAAAUUGGAAAAUAAGAUGAUGAAGUUGAUAUUCUACCAAAAAUUAUAAAAAUUAUAUUGAAUAGAGAAUAAGUGACUUAAACUGAGAUAAAGGAAAAAAAAGAAAUAGAAGUUUAGAUUCCAGAGAAAAUAUAAAUAAAUUAACCAUUCUAUAAUUAAUUGAUUAGUGAAUCCAAAUAUACAUUUCCAUAACAUAAAAUUAGUUUAGAUGAUAUUGUUAAGUACACAAAUUAGGAUGAUUAAUAGGCAACUUACUUUUGAAAUUAAUACAUUUACAUAAGAAUUAAGUAAAUAUUUAGAUGAGUAGAUACCAAUAAUUGAUAAAAUAGUUUAGUUAGUAGAUGAAGUAAUUAUAAUUAUUCUAUUUUUUAGACUGUUCAAAAUGUUUAGUUUAAUUCUCAUGCUUUUUUGUAUGGAUCAUGUCAAACAGGAUUAAAUUUGUUAGAUUCUGAUAUAGACAUAGUUAUUGAAACUAUAGAAUAAGAAGAAAUUAUUUUAUUAUUCAAACUAGCAGAUUAAUUUAAAGUAUCAUAGAAUUUAGUUUUAGAUGACAAGUUUUAUUAAGGAUGUAAAAGUAAUUGAAAAUGCAAAGAAACCAGUGUUGAAAAUGUAAUGUUCAAAAGAAUAUUAAGAAAAAUUAAUUGAUAUUACAAUAAGUAGAAAUGAUCAUUAAGGAAGAAAGACAGCUAAUUCAAUGAUUGAAUUUCAAAAAGAAUUUAAAUAAUUUAAGAGUUUAGCUUUAAUACUUAAAUUUUAUUUUAAAUCUAUAAAUUUACUUAAUUCAUACUAAGUAAUCAAUAUUUUAAUAAGGGUGGUUUGAAUAGUUAUUGUCUCUUGACUAUGAUUUUAGCUUUAUUGUAAAUUAAAAGAAUUAGAGAUAAUGAAAAUGAAGAAAUUGGUAAAACAUUUUUAGAUUUCUUUGAUCUAUAUAGUUAAGACAUAGAUUAUUAUAAUAAAAUAAUCAAUAUAGUACCAUCCUAAUCAGAAAAUAUAUAAAUAGAUGAACCAAAUAUUUAUUAAUAAUAAUAUUUUUAGUUGUAAUAAGUUUAAUUAUAAAUUAGUGAUUAAGGAUAUUAAGAAUUAAUAAUAUUGGAUCUUCAUAAUAAAAGUAAUAAUAUAGCUAGUAGUACUUUCAAAAUAAAAAAUAUUAAAGUAUUUUAUAUUAUAUAUAAAAUAGAAUGCUCUUUGUUUUGGAUAUAGUGCAAUUUUGAAUGCAAAGAAAUGUGAAUAACCUUGCUUCUUUUCUGGAUAUAAUAAACCAGUUUGUUGUAUUUUAAAAUAAAUGAUUUAAUAAUCUAAAAAUAAUCAUUUGAAUAGUCAAUUAAAAAGUAAAUAACCUUUUUAUUUAUUUAAUAAUACUUAUUGA